ACAACUUUCGUCUACAAGGUGGAAGCAAUGUCUGUUCUGGAGAGUUGGAAGUGGAUGAUGGCGAUGGGUUUUGGAAACCUGUAUGCCAAAGCCAAUACAAGCUGAACGAAUCAAUCGAUGAUCUGUGCUCACACAUGCGGUGUGGCACCAAUAAUAGUCAGGAACGCAUGGUCUGUGAUGGUUCCAAAAACAUCUCACUAGAUUGUAAAGACGAAGUCAACGUAUCCCUGUUGAAAGAUGACCGAAGUGUCAGUCAUUGUUUUGGGUCAGUACACUUCAACCACUCUGGCACACUGGAGGCUGUGUGUUCUAAGGAUUGGGAUAAAAAUGAUGGACAAGUCGUGUGCCGAGAGUUGGGCUGUGGAGAGGUUGUGUCAGUCAGCUCUGGGAGUCAACCCCAGCAUGGUAGAAUGCAUGACCAAGUAGAUUGCAAAGGUUCUGAGGCUUCACUGUGGCACUGCCUGGCCAAUCACUUAGAGAGCUCAACCCCAUGCAAAACAGCCAACGUCAUCUGCUCAGGUAGUGUGAAAGUGCGUUUGUCAGAUGGCCCUGGAAGGUGUGCUGGAAGAGUAGAGAUUCAGUAUGAAGGAAAGUGGAAGAGCGUCGGUGAAAGCAACUGGAAGGAGGAAAACUCAAAAGUGAUGUGCAAAGAACUGAAUUGUGGUGAUGCUGUGGCUGCUCCUGGUACUGAUUCCUUCAUUCAAGGAAAUAGUCCAGUAAUGGACAUUGAAGUGACCUGUGUUAGUGGCUCGACAUCUAUCUCUAGCUGUAUCAAGCCAACCAACAAACUGCAACAACAACUACAACAACAGGAGAAAAAUAAGAUGUUAAUCUGCCAAGAGCGUUGGGUGGUGUUCCUGAUGGGGGACUCUGCCUGCUCUGGCAAGGUGGGCAUAGAGCGAGCUGGGAAGAGUUACUGGCUGUCUGGGUCCAACGACACUUGGGAUCGUCAAACUGCCACAGUGGUGUGUCAACAGAUGGACUGUGGGAAUGCUACCUCAAUUAACUUUGAAUCCACUAGCGUUGUUAAUGCUAGUGGAACCACUGAUUUGUGGAAAUACUCGUACAAAUGCCUGCCAACGAACAAAUCCCUUUUUGGUUGCGAGCGGAGUGAACGUCUGUCGAACCACAGUAUAGCCUCUGUCGUCUGCUCAGGUAGUAAAACAGUAAGCCUGAAAGAUGACGCUGGAGGUGAGGGGAAAUGCUGGGGAAAGGUGGAUGUGUGCCUCAACGGAAUGUGUGGAGGUGUUUGUGAGGAUGCCUGGACGGAGCAUAAGUCCAACAUGUUGUGUAAAGCCUUCCAUUGUGGAUCAGCCAUCUAUCCUCUGUCCUACCUGAAGACAAAAUCACAGUCAGCUGAUGACAAAAUCACUAUUGGCAGUGUGCACAGUACCCAGCAGACAACUAACAUCAGUCAGUGCAACAUGGUCAAAAUUACUGAUGGGUCUUACUGUCAGAACAAGCCAGCCUAUGUUGUUUGCUCAGGAAGUGUCAAGGCCAGGCUAAUGUAUCAUAGAGAUAGAUGCUCAGGCAACGUACAGAUGUUCUACCAAGGAAUCUGGCGCCCUGUCUGUGAGACUGCCCUCCAGAACCAAGAUGUCCGAAACACUAUCUGCAGAGAGCAGGGUUGUGGACACGCUGUCAAACCUCUCUCGUUCUUUGGCCCUUCACCUGCAAGCAGUGAUGCUGUUGUGUCAGGCCUCAGCUGUAGUGCAAACAGCAGUUCUUCGGCAGAGUGUGGAGUUACACUUACUCAGACCAACAACAAACAAUGUUCCUUCGGUGGUCUCCAAUGCUCUGAAUGGAGGAGAAUGGUGUUGAAGCUAGGGAAAGGGGCUUGUGAGGGGCAAGUGUUUGUGUACAGUGGAGCACACGGCUGGGCUGUCAGCAGCGAUGGUUGGACUGAGACAGAGAGCAAGGUGUUGUGCACAGACCUGGGCUGUGGAGCCUACAUAAACCAUACAACUAUGGAGAAUGCAGAGGAUCAUGAUCUCUGGUGGGGGAAGAAGUACAGCUGUAAAGGCAAGAACAACAGCAUCUGGGACUGUGAACUAAACGACGGGCCCUCUCAAAACCAGCCGCUCUUCGUAAAGUGCCUCGAUAUUCUCACAGCAAGCCUGGGAGAUCCAGGUAAAUGCUCUGGGCGGGUGAUGUUAAAUAACCUGCCAGUGUGUUAUGAUAACUGGGAUGACAGUCACUCCAAAAUAGCAUGUCAAGAGCAGGAGUGUAGCAACAGAAUCUCAUCCGAAGAAACCAACAAAGGACGUCGAGCUGAUGGAUAUUUUGUCAGCUGCAGCGGCUCAGAGUCCAAUCUUGGGCAGUGCAAAACAACGAAAGGAAAGUGUGGUAGAGGAUUGGUUUCUGUGUCGUGUGCAGGUGCUGUGAAAUUCAAUUCAACUCAGAAAUGCGGAGGGGGAAUUAAGAUACUUUAUCGAGGGACCUGGGAGUCGGCAUGUCUACCGGAUUUGUUUUCAAAGGAAGCUGACUUCCUUUGCAAGAAGCUGAACUGUGGCAGUCCUCGACGUUUCCAAACGGGUCUGAUUGAAAAGUCAGAUGAGGAAAAAGGACUAAAAACACCAGAGACAUCUCUCCAAUGCUCCUCUGACAAUACAGAUUUAGAGCACUGCAUCCUCAAGGAGAAGCGUUGUGAAAAACCUGAUGUAAUAUACUGUGGAGGUUAUCAAGUCAAAAAGCCCAUUGAUCCGAUCCCCAUCAACUUGUAUGUUGGUCUUUCCCUCGGAGUGUUGUCUCUGGUCAUGGUCGCCGCCCUCUGUCUCUUCCUACGAAGACGCUUUGUAACCAGGUUCAAAGCGAGAUUCUCAAUGAGAAAAGAGUCUGCUUUUGAGAGUGGAGACUAUGAGGACGUAGAGACCAGCGAAAAUGAACAGUUUGGACCAAUGGAAAUGAGAGAUUUGAAUCGCCAUGGAUCAGAGAUUGACGGAGACAAGGAGAAUGGCCGGCGAAGUGCUGCGUCAUCCCUGUCCUACGAUGACAUUGCUGAGGUGGAGAACGUCCCAGCUCAACCCUUAUCCAGUGGAGGAGAUGGAACCAGUAGUCCAGGCCCAGGGGCUGGACCUGCUGCUACCCACGAACAUGUUACCUACGAGGUGGAGGAAGAUCAACAGGAGAGCUACGAUGAUGUGGUGUCGAUGAUCACGCCAGCUGAGACCAGAGAGGAGAUUGCAGAGGUCCAUGAGAGACCCAAGCCCAAGGGCCUGGAGAUCCAUGAUGACGAGGAUUACCUGGAGCCUGAUGGCUAGAAGUGAGCAACAUAGAGUCUUGACAUGAUCUGUUGUCAAACAGAACUAUGGGAGGGGAUUAUGGUGUUUUGAUGAUAUGGUUGAUUAUAUGGUUGAUGAUAUGGUUUAUAUUGGCUCUAUGCAUCAUUCUCAUGCAUGAUAGAAAUAACUGUUUCUACUUUAUGAAGGAAUUAGCUAGUAAUUUGUCACUUUCAUCAUGUCAUGUAAAAUUACUACUGUAUGGUUUAUUGAAUUUGACAAAAAACACAUGAUACCACAUCAAAUGUCUUCUGAAGGGUAUUAAAGACACCCAGUCUGUCUCUCAAUUUCAGUAUGUCUCAUUGGUCUUUAGGGUCCCAAAGUUUGUCCACAUAUAAUAUCUGUGUUUCCUUUUCAUAUAUACAAUUAUUUGAAUUUCUUGACAUUUUUUGGUCUCUAACAUUUGAUAUUGCUUUUUUUGAAAUAUGUUUUGAUUAGUUUGUUGUGCCAUGGCCUGUAAAGCAGAACUGAUUGACACAGACCAGAAUCAAUAGUGUCUGUCUCGCCGCAACACAUGUAUUCAUGAAACAUGUUGAAAUGUGGUAGUUCCUUCCAUGAAGACCUGCAUAAUUAACUGAUUUUACUGUAUGCAUCAAAGCUCAUAGCCAACAGCUGUUUUUAAAUAUUUUUUUAUUGUAC